CUAUGAAUUCCUGGGCAUUAGUCCUGACGAGGGAGCUCUCAUCAUUGUUCGUCCGGAUCAAUAUGUAUCCGCGGUCAUGGGUCUGGAUGAUUAUGAGGAGAUUGGAAAGUUCUUUGGAGGAUUCAUGCUUCCGCAGGAGAAGGAUUUGCCUGGGAGUAAGUUGUAGAGGGCUUUAGAGCACCGUAUAUAGUAGGUAUCACAUGACAUACUUAGCGAGAUUGUUUUUUCUUGAUAUCCGAUUUGCUGCAGUAUCAUAAUACAACCAUCCUUACAGACAAAGCCACUAUUAUUAGCAUCGCUGUUCAUCCAUACCCCUCGCAUUUGAUAACAUCACCAGAUUAAGCCAGGCGUCAUCUCAAAAUACCUGGCAACAUGAUAUCCUUCACAUUCGCACCUCAUUUAGCCCCCUUCAAUACCGACCUUCCCACCUUCUCCGCCACCAAGCCCGGCUUCACCGACUUCGGCGUCGGCGGCUUCAUCUUCUCCAUCCUGCCUCGCCAUGAAACAACCAAUACAAAGACACCAGAAGCAAAAGUCCUCCUCUUGCAACGCUGCCUCUCAGACUCCUUUGGCGGAUACUGGGAGGGACCUGGCGGGGGUCUUGACCCGGCUACUGACAGGACGGUUCUGGAGGGUUCGGCGAGGGAGGUGCUCGAGGAGAGCGGAUUGCAUAUAUCGAGGUUUGUGGAUCUAGUGGCCGUUGAGGAGUGGGCGAGGAUGAAGCUGGAUAGGUUGCAUGUGGUUGCUAAGUUUACGUUUUUGGUCGAGGUUCAUGAGGCUGGUACUAGCACUGGGGAUGCUACGGAGGGGAUAGGGGAGGUUUCUGGGGAGUCGAUUCAGAAGCGAUGGGAAGAUGGAGUCAAGUUAGCAGAAAGAGAGCAUCAGGCUUACGCGUGGGCGACGGAGGACGAAGUACGGGAGGGAUUGGAGAAAAGAGGGCCUUAUCGGUUUGUGAACCAGAUGGGAACGAGUCUUCUUAAGGGGUUCGAGAUGGUAAAACACUUGAACAGUAGGUAGACACAUAUCGUUAUG